AUGCCUGCAGAGAAGAGGAGAAAGCCUGAAGCCCUAGCGACAGUGCCGGAGCGUGGCGACCCAGGCCAAAGACGCCGAGAUAAGAUUGCUUCCUUAGAAGCCCAAGUAAACGUGCAGAAUAGCAGCCAGUCUCACAUCGAGCUGGAUGUUGCACCGUCUCUGGAGACUGCAGCUAACUCUGGAUCCUCUGCUGUCAGCCCUAAGAAUACCUCAAAUGUCGAAGAGCACAAUUUUUCCUCUUUCGGCGGUGCUAUGUUAGCGUUCGAUGCCGUCGAUAUUGACUUUUCCCUAUCUAGUGACUUUGAUAUUCAAAAUCUACCCACAUCCCUCUCCUUAUCUACAACUCCAGAAAACCCGACUACAGCGGCAUUACUGAGAUCCAAUACACCUCCGUCACCCAACGCCUUGGCAGGCCCCGAUUCCCAACCUUCACCCUUCACCUUCCCACUAACCCCAGACGCGAACCUCGACGUACCCAUAAUGGCCGCCCUACAAGCCUUCAUGACAAUCGCAUCUCUCCUCGACAUUGUUCAAGAUACCUUCAACCCAUUCGCACUACACACGUCACCGCCCACCCCGCACCCGUCCCUCCCGCUCAAUCUCCACCCCGUCCCAGCGCAGAUUCUGAUCCCGCACCACCCAGCCCUAGACGCGCUUCCCUGGCCCUCAGUACGUGAGAAGCUUAUUUGCAUACUCCACCUCCCCUCUCCCCAGCGCCCCCCAAUCGCCCGCGGCACCCGCGGUGAGCCUAUCCAACGCAUUAUGCAUGACAUGGACGACUAUACCUCUGGGUGCCGCGUCCAUGGCAACGCUUCAGGCUGGUCUGCGCACCACGAGAUGGCCGAGGAGAGCUGGGAAAUAGGCGACGCCUUCUAUCGCAAUUGGUGGUUUUGUGUGGAUAGCAAGAUAAUUUCGACGACGAAUGCGCGAAGGAGGGAGAGGGGGGAAGCGCCGCUGAGUUUGGAAGACGUAAGAAGUGUAUAG